UUCUAAUAUUGAGAAAUAUAUAUUUACUUACACAUAUGUAUAAUAUUUGAAAAGGUGGUUUAAAGAUUAGAGAUUCAAAGAACUAACUGAUCUUGGCUAAAAUAAAAAUUAAUGAGUAAAAAUGAAUUUGAAAUCUCCUUUCUAAAACAGAACAAUUUUUAUGAGUGUUUUUUUUACAAACAGAAUUUUUAUGAAUGUUUUUGCAGUAAGGAAAAAAAAGAAUCCCAUUCCUUAACUGGAGCUAGUAUGUACUGUUAUGGCAUAGGUCUACAUUCACCACUAUCACAGUCUCUGCUAAUCAAGGAAGACUAACCGCUAAGUUUCAAUAGAUAUUUGUAGGUACUUUAUUCAGUUUCUCCUAUACCCAAUGAACAGCUCCAUGGCAGUUUGUGGAUGGUUUUGCCUGCUUGCUAACUGGCACUGAAACAUGUUUAAUUUUUUGGAGAUCGAUUUUUUAGGGAAGCCAGCUGAGUUCAUUUACUCCAAUUUCCUCAAAUCCUCUCAAUUAUGACUUUCAAUGUGUAAAUUGUCAUGCUGGAAAUGGCAAAGACUUUCAAAUUACUGUUAUGGUGUGGUAGAUAGCACAGAUUUGUCCAGUAUUAUCAUAUAGAGUUCAACAUUCAUAUUUUGAGGUACAAAAAUCAGUGGACCAAGUUGAAGUUCAGAGAAUCAAAUCUGUUUCAUAAUUUCCCUUCUGCCAAAUUUCACAGUUUAAUAUACUUGGGUAAUUAAUGCUCAACUGGGUCCAUUAUGCAUCCAUCAGAAUGCUAUUUAGCAUGUUAACUUGAUCUGUAAUUUUACUUCAUGCUCUUCCUUUGAGUUUUUCAAAGUCCACUGGCAGCAUGUUUUGCAAUAUUGGUUAUAAUGAGCAGUGUUCAGUUUAACCUCAUUUUCUUGUGCUUUAGCUUGCCCAUGAAAUCCAAGUGCAAACACCUGUCGACAUAUUAUGCAAGUCUAAAAUCACUUCCAGAUGCUAUUUGGAAGUCUAUGGCCUCAUAUCAUCGUGACGCUUACUAGUUUGACUUCAACACAGGUUGGAAUGUUCAUAUUUAUACCUGUCAAUUUUUUUAGCUUGUAUGGUUAAUGUUGAUGCCUAUAACUUCUUCAUGUUUCCAUUGUACUAUUGCAUUACUUAGUGUUAUAUUUGUCAUGUAGUGAGAAAUCUAAGAUAUGAAAUGACUGAUUUAAUGGCCUUCUGUGAUCAUGCACCUUUCAGCUUAUAUGUUUAGUUCUCAUCAUAUGUCCAUUUCAGCAGCUGUAAUAAAUAAAUAUUUCUGUUGAGCAUUCUCUUUCUGUAGGCUCAUGAUGUGUUAUUGGCAUAUAGAUGAUCUUAUCUGGCAUUUAGGGAGCAUAUGAUUAUUAAUUAUAAUGUGGUGUGUUUUUUAACAGCAGUAUCUAUUACUAUUUAUUUUGAUAUUUUAUUUUGCAUUUAAAGGAAAAGUUAAGCAGAUAAAUGCAAAAGCUAACUAAAUGUAAACAUCUACAUUUCUGUUUAAUAUCAUAUUGACCUGAAUAUAAAAUUGCCUCACAUAUAAAAUGGCUGUGCAAUCUUGAAAGUAUUUGAGAGUAAAAGAUAGAGCCUGUUUAAGGUUACAUAUAUAUGAAUUUUAUAUAUUGAAAGUGUUCUGUGAGGAAAAUAAUGAAAUGGUUUAAAUAUUGCAUUUUGAUGUGAAAUUAAGUGAAUAUGUCUUGUUUUAGUAUAUAAAUUAAUUAUCUUAAGUCAUUAAUGAGAUUAAUUAUCUUAAUGCAUUAAAGACAUUAUCUUAAUUCAUUUUUUAAAUUUUUGGUUAUGAAUAUAAGAAGAAAAGUUUUCAUAGAUGAGCAUUUUAAAGAGAAAUUAUCCGAUAUUCAGGUAUUAAAGAUACAGUAAAUUCUAGAAGAAUUUAUACCUCUGUGCAUAUCUAUUGUGGUUGCAGAUUUACUAGGCACUGUAACUCAUUUUGUGUGAUAAUGAACCAAUUUAUAUUAUUGUUACUUCCGCAAUGAAAAAAAAAAAAAAACAACAUUCUAAAAUUAAAAUGCAAUAUGAUGUCUGAAUUGUUUUUGACUGAAUUCAGAAUUCUUUAUUGUUGCUGAUGAUAUCGAAGAGAACUUUCGUCCGGCAAUAAAGCAGUAUUUAAAUGUUUUCAAUAUGGAAACAUUUUAAAAAAUUUUAUGACAAAUGUGAUAUUUUACCCGCAAGAACAUUUUUAAGGAAUUUUAACAUUCACGAAUAUUUUGAAAGAAAUGACAUUUUUUGAUGGACUUUGGUAUUUCGAAUGCAUGUAAAACUAGCCUAUUCCUAUUCCAUUUUAUGGUUCAAAUAAAUUUUAAGAAUUAACAUAAUCCAAAUGACCGCAAUAAUGUUACUAUUCGCCCUCGAACGUGACUAAACGUUCGUUUUAGGUGACAAAAAGAAGUUUUAUUUUUAAAAACCCGCGGAAGUUGUUUUUCCUCGUCGGUGAAAAAUCGCAACACCGGCGACAUGGAUGAUCGGUAGCCCGCAACUGCACCGCAGACGACCCGCAAUGGAAGCGAGCGACCAAAUUCACUCUUCCAGCGACGGAACAUACGAAGGAUUCAACGGAUGGCUGUUCUGGCGUUUCGAGCUCCCCGCCAUCCGCGACGAAGAAUUGUUCUCAGCCCUUCAUAUCUCGAACUCACCUGCUGGAGGUAUGAGGUCUGCGAAUGGAUCAUCCCUCAGCGCCUGCGCGUCCCAGCGUUCCCUUGGAAACGGAAAUUCCAAACGCCAUGCAGCGCAAUACGGGGAAGGCUCCGAAGCACGUGCAGCCUCCGUCAUCUCCCUCUCAACGAAUGGACCCCACCAAACAUACCCCGCAAAAAUCGAUCAUUGGGAGCACGAGUACGGGUGCCGCACUGCUUGCAGCGAUGGCGGAGAACACACCCUCCAUAAUCAUUACGAUGAGGAAGCAUGGAACAUUUCUCUCUCAAAUGAACAACAGCAUCCGCGAGAAUGUCACGACGUGAAUUUAGGUCUCGACCAAGCGUCGAGCCAUUCACCGACCAUGGGGAAUCUGAGCAGUCAGCCCGGUGAAAAAAAAAGUAAAAAUACUUCAUCAAAAGAUGCAGAGAGAACAGAAGCCAAGAGUAGUACUUCUAAGUUUCGUUUCGGGAAAGGUGAAUCCAAGCCGAAAUUAUCGGCUGCCAAAAGCGAUAAUAGGCGUCAAAGUGAUGUCAGUGUCUCCACACAAAGGAAGCGUAGAUCUUCGACAGACAUUGCAAUUGUCGAAUCUACCCCCAGUCCUGGAAGUUCCUUAUCGAGUUCUGUGUAUGUAGAUACUCACAGCCACUUGCCAACACCCAUUGAAGGUGGUGAAGAUGAUUCAGUUUUGGAAGGAGAUUCCCAGAUAUUGGACGAUGGCACAGCCACGCUCCAGGAUGCAUCGCCGGGUAGUCUUAGUGACAUUACCGUCUUUUGCGAUGAAAGCAAACAGGAGGUGAUGUCCAAUGUCCUCAAACGACCGCAACCAUCUUCUUCCCAGUCUUUGCCCGGAACACCAGGAGAUAGUCAUCUAGAAUCGAAUUUUUCGACCAUGGGCUUUUCCACAGUUUAUGAAUCGCGUUAUCGUACUCACGGUGGAGAAACGGAAUCGUCCUCUUACAGUAGUGGUGGGCGAGACCUUAGUACUAGCUCUUCCAGUAGCAGCGUGGAUAUACACGAUCUUUGUGGAGCCCUAAAGGAUUUUUCUCAUAAGCAACAACGAGGUUCGUUUGAUUCCAGUGUGCCACCAUCAACCUUACCAUUUACGCUCACUCAGCAUCGAAAGGUGGUUCUUCCUCCUCAUAAGUUUGUUGCCCCUCCUCCGUUGAGUGCUCAGAAUGGUAAAGCAGCAAUUUCUGGCUCUGAGGAGUGCCUCAGGCCCGCAAAUUUAUAUGGAAAUAAUGUAGAACACCAGUCAUCUCCUUCCCGUCGGCACUCUUCUUACGGAGAUGUCCCACCGCUGGACGGGAAUGUUCUACGCAAAGUUGCCUCCCUAACGUUGGACAAGGCGACAAUUGAUUCUAAAGUGAAUCGGCCCAAGUUUGUUCCAGAAAAGCUAGAUUUCAGUCUGUAUGAAAAAUUUGAAGGUCAAAUGCUCAUUCAUUGGCUAUGUGCUGCUUUUCCGGACGAUCAUUACCUUCGAUUUCUCCUUUCUAAGCAAGACCUAAAAAUACUGGCUGCUCAGUUCUGCACGAAUCUUCUUGCUGCUGGUGUCCUAAGGCAGAUUGAAGAUGAAAAUGCACCUUUAGCCAAUUUAUUUCGACCUGAUUUGAUGUAUUACUGGACCCAUUCUGAGCCUCAACCAUCUAGUGCUCCACCUCCUGGUAAACUUUCACCGUCUGUAUGGCCAACUCCUUCGAUACCUGAAGUACCAGAACAUCGAGGAAGCACGCUAUAUACAGAAGCUGAAUUUCAGAAUAUGAUUAUGGCUAUGAAAAAAGAUCAUAGAGAUACAGUUGACCGAAUACAGAAGGAAAAGGAAAUUGCUCUUUUCAACCUACGAGGAGAGCAGGCAUCAAAAAUGAAUGAAUAUGAAAGGAAAGUUGCACGAUUGGAGCGAGAAGUUGAAAAAUAUCAGACUCUUGCAGCAAUUGAAGAACUUACCAGAAAAGCAAAAAGAGAUCUAGAUACAAGCCCCAUGUCACCCUCCUGUGAUCUUAAAUCAUUUCUAUCAUCCUCAUCUCAGAUUCCUGAAUCACUUAUUCCUAAGUCUCGUUAUUGCCAAACCGAUCAAUUUUAUACGACUUCUGUUGCUAUACAAACAGAUUCAAGGAUACUGAAAGAUACUGCAUCUUCUCCUGUUAAAGAAUUACUCUCUGGUUUGACUCAGAAGUCACUGAAACCUCUUGUUCAAACUGUAUCACCCCUACCUCAACAGUCUGUUGAAGACUCAAACACUUCUCCUGUUCAAAGUAGGCCAAUAUCGGUGGAACAGAGUUCUCAUAGUGUGACUACUAAAACCAUGGAUCAGACAACUAUUGGAUUACAGCAAAUCUCUUCAGGUAUCCCACCACCACCACCAAUGCUACAGAAUGAUUCUACUGUUGUGCCAUUUGUUCCACUACCAGUGUGUGGAAUUCCACCCCCUCCUCCACCUCCUCCUCUGCAAAUGGGUGAAAUUUCCUCUACAGCUGGAAUACCUCCUCCACCACCACUACCUCCUAUGAGUGGAAUACCACCUCUACCUCCUCCUCCUCCAUUACUCUCUUCUGUUACUAGUGGAAUCCCUCCUCCUCCGCCUCCUCCUCCACCACCACCACCUGUAGGUAUAGGAAUUCCACCUCCACCUCCUCCUCCACUGCCUUCUUUUGGCACUGAAAUUCCAGUUCCUCCACCUCUUCCUGGUGGUACACAGCCACCACCGCCACCUCCUCCGCCUCCUCCUCCAGGACUACCGUUAAGUGGUUUAACUGGGCCUUUACCAACAAGUGGUGUUCCUGUAUCUCCAUCUCCUUUACCACCCCCUCCUGCAGGUGGAUGGUAUGGUGCAUAUAAAACAGCUCGGAAACCUCCAGUUAGCCCUAAGGUGCCCAUGAAACCACUUUACUGGACUCGCAUUCAAGUUCAGGAACCAGCUGUAGCUGCUUCUGAGAAUAAAAAUUGUUUAUGGCAGAAGCUUGAAGAACCAGUUCCUGCUGAUUUGGAUGAAUUUGCUGAAUUAUUUUCUCGUCAAACUCCAGAAAAGAAACUAACAUCAAAAUUAAAAACUGCUAAAGAUAAAAGUAAACAGGUCGCUAAACUUUUAGAUCAAAAAAGAUCUCAGAAUGUUGGAAUAUUAAUUUCAAGCCUUAGAAUUGAAAUAGCUGAUGUUGAAAAUGCUGUCUACAAUUUUGACACUUCAACAUUAGAUCUUGAUGCUCUUCAAGCUAUUUAUGAAAUUAGGCCAACUGCAGAAGAGUUGCAAUUAAUAAAAGAUCACUUGGACAAGAACAAUGAUAUUCCUUUGGACAAGCCUGAACAAUUUCUUUAUGAUUUAGCUCAAAUUCCUGAAUAUGCUGACCGUGUAUCCUGCAUUAUGUUCCAAGCUGCUUUUACUGAAACGAUCUCGUCAAUAGAGAACAGGCUUAAUAAUCUUAAAAUGACAUGUGAGUUUCUCAUGACAGAUGCUGAAAUACAAAAAGUUUUCGGAAUUAUUCUUGCUUUAGGAAAUUAUAUGAAUGGAGGCAACAGAAACAGAGGCCAAGCUGAUGGCUUUGGACUAGAAAUAUUACCAAAGCUGAAAGAUGUAAAAAGCAAGGAUAGCUCUCUCACCCUUCUUCAUUACAUCGUGAGGAACUACAUAAAAUUGUACCUGAAAGAUUGUUCUUUAGAUAAAUGUAAAUUACCAGUUCCUGAGCCUAGUGAUGCUGAACGAGCUAGUUUAGUAAAUUUUGAUGACAUUCAAAAUGAUCUAAAAAAAUUAUAUUCUCAAAUUAAAAGCUGUGAAACAAAAGUUGAAAAAGUUUUGAAUUCAUCUGAUGAAGAGCAUCAACAACCUUUUAAAGAUAAAAUGGGUACUUUUUUAAAGAAAGCUUAUGCUGAACAUAAAGAACAAGAAGAGAAUGUAGAUGAAUGCAAAGCAAAGUUCAAUGAAACAAUGGAGUUCUUCAGCUGGAAAGCUAAAUCUCCAAAUUCAUCAGAAUGGCCUCAAGAAUUUUUCAGCUAUUGGAAACCAUUUUGUAAUGAUUUUAAGGAUAUUUGGAAAAAGGAAAUCCACAGAAAAGCUAAAGAAGAACUUGAAAUUGCAAGGAAAAAGCUUCAAGAAAAACAAGAAGAAAGACGAGCUAAUAUAGUGAAAGUGAAAGAAAAACCAUUUGGCUUAAAAGCAAAGCUUGCUAAGAAAGGAAUGAUUCUAAAAGAUUCAACUUUAGAUACAUGAAUUUUUUUUCCUGUAUCAUACUGUAGAUAUCUCCUCAUGAAGUGCCUGUAUUUUUAUUAUCCUUUUCUGUAAAACCAAAAGUCAGUCUUUUUCUUUGUCCUAGAGCGUUAGUAUUUUUUUUAUAAACUCCUAAAAUCUCUUAAGCCAAAUAUUUAAUUUUUAACAUGUAUCUUUCAUAAUGUACAGACUGCAAACUCUUUCAUAUAUAUAAAUAUGUAUAUGUGCAUAUGGUACUGUAUGAGUUUUGUGUUUCUUGGAAUUCAAAAGUUUUAUAUCUUUAUUGAAAUAAUGAGAAUUUUAAAUGAAUUUCUUUUAUUGAGUUUCUUGAAUUACAUUUGAAUAUAUUAUUAUUAUUAUUGAGUGAUACAAAAUUUAAUAAACGAUUUGAUUGUUAUGACAUUGAUUCCAAAUCAUUGUCAAUUAAAAUGUUUUAAUUAAUAAAUUCAGCAGAAAUGUAUUUACCAUUAUGCUUUAAAGCAUAUGCUUUUGUAAUCAUGCUAAUAUUUUUUAUUCAUGCAUAGCCAUUAAAAUAAUGGUAUUUUUGUAUGUUUGUUUUGUAAAUGUAUAUGUAUGUGUACAUUUAUGUAGCAAAGUAACAAUCGUGUUAAAUGAUUUUUUUUUUAAUUGAACAUAAAAGUUUCUCACCCAAGUUAAAAUAUAUUUUAAGCCAUGAAAUUUUGACUCUUUCGGUUUAAAAGUUAUUACAUUUUUUCAGUUCUUUACUGAAUCUUGUUGUAAGUUUACUCUUCAA